AAGAAGUCGAUUUAAGUAUUGAAAACUAGAGAGAACAAAAGAAAAAAAGAAAAAAAAAAAAAAGGAAAGCGAGAGAGAUAUAGAAGAAAGGGAAGACUGGGAAGAAGAGGGUCUUUGUUUUCCAUUCGAUCUCUGAGCAGUCGUCGAUUGAGGUUUUUGAGAGAGAAAGGGGUGUUGGUUUCAGAAAACUAUAUGCUGAACAAUUAGGGCAACUUGGAAGGUUCUGCUUUUCUGUUGGAGAAGGAAAUGUUGGAAGGUGGUGCCAAGUUCACUGGAAUUAUAGGUCUAAACAACAACGAUUAUGAUUUGUCUCAAGGCUUUUACCACAAACUUCAUGAGGGUGAGGGUACUAACAUGUCCACUGACAGUAUGCAAACUAGCGUUGAUGGAGGCUCUGUCGCCAUGUCUAUAGAUAACAGCAGCGUUGCUUCAAAUACCAAUGAUUCCCACACUCGCAUCUUGAACCACCAAGGCCUGCGGCGACGCAGAAAUGACAACGACUCUGUUGCUGCACAAAGUGUUAAUCGCGGAAGAGUCACACAUGCACUCAGUGAUGAUCAACUUGCCCGAGCUCUAAUGGACAGUAAUUCCGUCACAGAGGGGCUUGAGAAUUAUGAGGCAUGGACAAUUGACUUAAGAAAGCUAAACAUGGGUGAAGCUUUUGCGCAAGGUGCUUUUGGGAAGCUAUAUAGAGGUACUUACAAUGGCGAGGAUGUUGCUAUCAAAAUUUUGGAGAGGCCUGAGAAUGACCCAGAAAAGGCUCAGAUAAUGGAGCAACAGUUUCAACAGGAAGUCAAGAUGUUGGCUACGUUGAAGCAUCCGAACAUAGUUCGUUUUAUCGGUGGCUGCCGUAAACCAAUGGUUUGGUGCAUUGUAACAGAAUAUGCUAAGGGUGGUUCAGUACGGCAAUUCUUGAUCAAGAGGCAGAGCCGAUCAGUUCCGUUGAAGUUAGCAGUCAAGCAAGCUUUGGAUGUUGCAAGGGGGAUGGCAUAUGUUCAUGGGCUCGGGCUGAUUCACAGGGACUUGAAAUCGGACAACCUUUUGAUUUUUUCAGACAAAUCAAUUAAAAUUGCUGAUUUUGGGGUUGCCCGUAUUGAGGUGCAGACGGAAGGAAUGACCCCAGAGACUGGGACAUACCGCUGGAUGGCUCCGGAGAUGAUCCAGCAUAGGCCGUACACUCAGAAAGUUGAUGUUUAUAGCUUUGGGAUUGUUCUUUGGGAACUUAUCACAGGGAUGCUUCCGUUCUCGAACAUGACAGCAGUGCAGGCAGCGUUUGCAGUUGUCAAUAAGGGUGUCCGUCCUAUCAUUCCCCCUGACUGCUUAACUGUUCUUGGUGAGAUAAUGACGAGGUGCUGGGAUGCCAACCCUGAUGCCAGGCCACCCUUCACUGAGGUGGUAAGAAUGCUCGAGAUUGCAGAGACAGAGAUCAUGACCACUGUCCGGAAGGCUCGUUUCAGGUGUUGCAUCACCCAACCAAUGACAGCCGACUGACCCCAGAAGCAAAAGUUCGAAAGAAAGCAGUUAUUAUAACAUAAAAGGAAAGAAGAAAUGGAAAAGAGGAAAAAGAGGUCAAAUAAGGUGAGAUUAUAUGUAGCCUUGUGUAUUUAGCAGGUUUAAUUUCUUUCUCAAAAUAGAAAAAGGAUGUUCUAUUCAAAAACAUAUUUGGUUUUGAGAUCUCUAUUUUAAUGAAUUUCUGUCAUUGAAUGAGUAAUAGAAGAGUGGAAUUGAUGUGUUUGUA